AUGGAAGCGGAGGGCCGGUUACCGGGACCAGCGCUCCCCACCGGUGGGGAAGGGCCCGGGACCGACUCGCAUCUCGCUGCGGGUACCCUCGGCACGGCCCGGGGGCCGCUGCUCGCCGCCGCCGAGGUGUUGGCGCUGGACGAUGAGGAAGAUGACCUGGAGGUGUUCAGCAAGGAUACAUCUUUCACUGAGGUAAACUCAUUCAGUCCUUCAGUGCCAAUAUCCCCCUCAUCAAUGAUAAACCAGUAUAAAUUUGAAGAUGGGCCAGAAUUAAGAGAUCUCUUCAUUACAGUCGAUGAUCCAGAGAGCCACAUUACAGCCAUUGAAACAUUUAUUACAUACAGAGUAGUCACAAAGACAACCCGUGGUGAAUUUGACUCCAGUGAAUAUGAAGUUCGAAGACGGUAUCAGGAUUUCCUUUGGUUGAAGAGCAAACUUGAAGAAGCACAUCCAACAUUGAUUAUUCCUCCGUUGCCUGAAAAAUUCAUAAUGAAGGGAAUGGUGGAAAGAUUUAGUGAUGAAUUCAUUGAGACUCGAAGAAAAGCUUUACAUAAAUUUUUGAACCGUAUUGCUGAUCAUCCAACUUUAACUUUUAAUGAGGACUUCAAAAUUUUCCUUACUGCACAAGCCUGGGAACUCUCGUCACACAAGAAGCAGGGUCCUGGUUUGCUGAGCAGGAUGGGACAGACCGUCAGAGCUGUAGCAUCCUCAGUAAGAGGAGCAGUUAAAAAUCGUCCUGAAAUGUUUACAGAAAUGAACAGUUACAUGGAAACAUUUAGUCAGAAAAUAAACUUACUAGAUAAAAUAGCUCAUAGGAUUUACAAGGAAGAAAGGGACUAUUUUAAUGAGAUGAAGGAGUAUGGGCCCAUCCACACGCUGUGGUCAGCAUCAGAAGAAGACCUUGCAGACUCCCUGAAGGGCAUUGCCAGCUGCAUCGAGCGCUGCUGCAGGGCAACGGAGAAGAGAAUGGCAGGGCUCUCAGAGCACCUGCUGCCCAUCUUACAUGAAUACGUUCUCUACAGUGAAAUUCUCAUGGGUGUUUUGAAAAGGAGAGACCAAAUUCAAGGAGAGCUGGAUUCCAAAGUUGAUGCUUUAGCCAAUAAAAAGACAGAAAAGGAUCUGUUCUCAGAAGAGAUUGGGAAACUUGAAGACAAAGUUGAACGUGCCAAUAAUGCUCUGAAAGCGGACUGGGACAGGUGGAAGCAGAACAUGCAGUGGGAUAUGAGAUCAACAUUCACUAAUGUGGCUGAGAAUAAUCUCCGUUAUUAUGAAGAGUGCCUUGCUACAUGGGAGUCCUUCCUAACAUCUCAAACAGUGGAUCUUCAUGUGGACGAAGAUUCUGAAGACAGGCCUUGAGUAAUAAUCUCUGCUUGAUCUCUGCCUUUUCCGUUCAGUUUCUCCCAACCAAAGUGCUUUAUAUGAAAUCAGAUACAUUAUUAAAUUUAACUGUUAAAAUCAGUGAAAUGCAGAAAACCAGCUUAUUGAACACUCAGGUAUUCUGGUCCUGAAAUACAUUUUGAAACAUGCUAUAUUAUUGCUUUAUAUUGCUUAGCUCUGAUUUUACAUAUUUUUGUGCACUUGCAUACAAUUGUUUUCAUAAAUAUUGUGUAAUUUUGAUAUAAAGUAUUUUAAAUAUGUAAAAAUAGCUGCAUUUUAAUAAAACAUUGAAUAAGUAAAGUUUGUCAUCAAUCUGUA